CCCCCCGUCGCCGCCAAUAAUGCUACUUGUUUUCCCGUCCCCCUCCGGCCCCCUCCCGCGUCUCAUUGUUGCUCAAGUCGACUUUUGUGUGUAAUAUUCCGGCGUGGCGGCGAGCGGUGGGCGGGGCUUCGGCGGAUGGAGCGCCUCUCUUCGACACCCACCAUUGGCGGGCGUGGCCGCCAUGCCGGGAAGCAGCCCGCUGAUUGGUCCACUUUCUCGCACGUCUUGCAGAGUGUCAGCGGCAGUGUCGGUGAUUGGCUGAGGCCUCGGCGCUGGACGAGGUAAGCAGCGAUCACCGCCCUGAUUGUGGUAAUGUGCACCAACAACGACCAACUAAUCGCCAGCCAUUGGUCCAAAACACACCGUCAUCACCGGACCGGAAAAUUGCAAGUAGCGGGCCAAAGCUGCCGCCAGCCCAGCGGGACGAUUGCCACCGCCCCGCCGACUCACCGCCCUGCCGACAAAAUACGCUGACGAGAGCUAAACGCCUUCCAUCGCCAAUUCACUGAGAUUGUGCCUGAGUAGUGCGGCGACGGCACCGCUCAGCGCCAGCAGGAACCCAACAGCUGCAGCAGCUUUAGGAACCAACUGAGGAACAUCCAAGUAUCAACCGGGGCCAUCGGGAGCCAGCAGGAGGCGACAGCAGGCAUGGAGCUGCUGCGGGAAAAGCGAGACUCGGGCCUGCUGGAGAGUGCCUCCCCCUCCCGCUCCACCACCUCCUUCCUCAUCGACGACAUUCUCUUCCACAGGCCUAAGCGAGUGUGUAGCAGAGUAGAGGGAGGCGGUGAAGAGGGCAGCAGUGAAGACAGUCCAUGGAUGAGACUCAACCCCCAGCUAUACCCUGUGACAUCGCGAGACCUGACUUCUGUGAGCUCUUCAAUGGUUCGCGCGUCCUUCAGCGAAUCCUACGCAGCCGCCGCAGCCGCCGCCGCUGGUGUCCUACCAUCUACCGCCGCGGCCGCUGCUGCUGCCGCCGCCGCGUAUCUCCACCCCCACCCAUACCUUCACAAACCCGAGACCCACUUCCUGUUCCCUGGCGCAGGACUGAGUUUCGGCGGUCUGUUUGGUGGCGGCGAGGGGGCACUAAAGGCUUGCCGCCGGAGGAAGGCUCGCACAGUUUUCAGCGAUCACCAGCUGGGCGGCCUGGAGAAGCGGUUCGCGGCGCAGCGGUACCUAUCCACACCGGAACGAGUCGAGUUAGCAACCUCUCUCAACCUGUCAGAGACUCAGGUCAAGACUUGGUUCCAGAAUCGGCGUAUGAAGCACAAGAAGCAGCUCAGAAAACACACGGAUGACAAAACCUCCACCACCACCAGCGCCGCCGCCUCCUCUAGCACCUCCACUGGCAACUCCACCAACUCCUCCUCCUCCUCUUCCUCCUCCUCUUCCACGUCCAGUAGUCUAGGUGGCGGCGCAGGGGACAGGGACGGAAGAGCGAGUCACCUGGUGGGAGGGUCGAGUCACAUGGAUCACCAAGGCCCCUGCUCCCCUCUUGAUGCAGCCGCCUCUCCAGCCACAACACUCCCACGGGACAGUGACCUUUCCCACUCGGAGUACGAGGACGAAAUCGACAUUGUGGGCGUCUCUGCUGACCUACGUCACGCCCAUGGUUCCCGCUCCCACCCGCAGCCCGCCCACUAGGUCCGCUUAGCUGUCUGCCUCCUCUAGUCUACUUUCCCUCUGUUCCCGCCCGCAAGAUGACAGCGAGGGGGUCGGGGUGGACCAUCUCUCACCCACCAGUGACGUGAAGUACUCCCUCUCCCGAUCCUGCAGCAUGCAUGUUAAGGAACUCAUGUCGUGUUAAGGAAUUUUUACCUACUUGAGAUACACCGAAAAGAUAUUCAAAACGUCUAAUGGAUCUCUCUCUCUCUCUCUCUCUCUCUCUCUCUCUCUCUGCCAAAGUCAUUCUAGUCACUUUCAUAGCUUCUAUUGCACUUGUUUUGUUUUGUAUUUAAGUGGAAACUUUAAAGAUACUACACUAGUCAGUCAAUUUCUCUCCCGUCUUUCCGACCCGGACGGCGAUGUGAGAGGUGGAUUAUGUUAACGUCAAAGUUACCAAUGAAAAUACUCUAGUCUUGUAAUCUAGUCGAAGUUAAGUUUCAUUUUUAUUUUAUUUUGUUAAUAGGUGAGCGAAUGAAUUUUAUACUGUACUAGUCGAUGCUCGGACAUCAGGGAAGUGUUUGAUUCUUUAAAUAUUCCUUCUGUGCUUACGUUCAUACACACACCGUCAGGACAGUCUAAUUGCCGAGAGUCCCCCAAGAGCGGCGCAUUAAAGCAUGAGUUGUGUGCCCGCCCAGAGUCAGUCUCAGGGGAUCUUAACACGCCCGGGACCUCAACACGCAGGGACGAGUCAGUGUACAAAGCGUGUCAGUCGUUUAUAAUCCACGUUCGUUGGCCUGUAACCCUCCACUCCUUCCCAAUGCUUUAGGACCCUGCCUAGCUCAGCCCGCCUCAUCGUGAACAUUGAAUGCCCCGCACCUCACCCUUCACCUUUACGAUGUGACAGAUUUGUUUGUGUCCAGUGCAACGGGUUGUACCUCUCUCUCUCUCUCUCUCUCUCUCUCUCUCUCAACAAAGCGUGCGACUUGAAUUUCUAUACGUACUACUUGCAAAACUUUCUCACAAGCCUUGCAUUCAUGAGUCCAUUAUCUGCCUCCGUCGCCUCAAUUGAAAUGUUUACUCGUGGCACAGAGGAACCUUUUCUUUAUUUUUACCACCAUAAAAACCUAAAGUUAGUGGUCACUAAAAACAGUAUGGAAAAUGGAAAAUAUUCCAUUAGGUGCCGCAAUAGCUUAGGUCAUAUGGCACCGCUAAGGUUAACGGGAGAACGCUACAUCUCCCACCGGGCAACUAGGUUUGGCAAGGAUUCGAACUCGGGCCGGAUAGACCGGACCCCCGAACAUGAGAGGCCUUAACCUGCCACCCAGCCCCCCAAGGCAGUAUGGCGUUUUCCACUACGAGUAAUCCUAGAACUAGAAUAAAGCUACUCUCAUCUAAAUGAUUUUAAUUACUCGAGGACUCCUUGACUUUUUGUUUUUCAUGGCAAUGGUUUUUAAAAUUGUACGUAAUUCAAACAUGCAGUAGAAGAAGCCUUAAUAGUGAAGCAGUUAAUACCGCGUCAAUAUCUGCAGAAAAUCUUCGUCGUUCGAAAUAAAAAAAAAGAUAAGUAAAUAAAUAACAACAGAAAUAAGUGAAUUGAUAAAACUCAGUUCUGACAUGUGUAAUAACUAACAGAGAAAAAGUCACUUUAUUCCUUCCUAUCGGAGUCAGAAAUAAUUGCCAGUACUUACGGGAAACAAGAAUUAAGGAGGUAAAAUUUCAGGUACGCAUCGAGUAACGCUCAAAACUGGGAGAUGAUUUAAAAAGGAUUACAGCGUCAUGCUUAAGAGCUGUAAUUAAACAAAGGAUCUUAGCGAAGUCAGAAUAAAAGGGGGUUUGUUAGGCAAGCAAACCUAGGUAAUCAAGCACAGGAUUAAAGCCAUACUGAAAAAUACAUCUUAAUAUGAGUUUGCUGGAGUUUGAUACAAAAGCUCUUAUUCUGAAACGCUUUGUUCCCUCAUCAGGAGUAUUGUCAAAGGCCACAGAGACGAUAGAAGUCGAGGUCUCAUGAAUGUUAAUAGAUGUUGGUAUAGAAUUAAUCUUACACUUUAAUUCGAACCAUGAAAACAAUCGUGAAAACUGGAACAAUUUGCACUAUAAUCUGGCAAAAUUAGUCAAGGUAAAACGCCAGAGAAACGGUAUCAACCAGAUGCUCGAGGACGCUAAUCAAUACAGGCACACAAUCCAUCGUAAUCAAUCAAGAGAACCAUGAAAACACACUUCAAAACCAGAACAACUUGUGGUAUUGCUUCGUAAUUUUAGUCAAGGCGAGGCCAUGCCAUAGGUGAGAACACGCACCUACAUGUCUUACAGUGAUGCCGGAACAAGAGAUGGUUAACGCAAGAAAAUCCCAGCUGUUGAUAUCACGUCACUUUACCAACCAUCCAUCACCAAGCCCCUAACACUAAAUGAACCAGUCACCCCGUCCGUAACACCGCACAUCUACAUUUUCAGUUCACGCAAGCAGCCAUUAAUUAAAUUAAACGAACCGCUCACACCCGCCACUUCCGCCACGCCCACCACACCCACCACGACCUCAGUGCCACCCAUCUUCAUCUUCGAGACAGCGAUAGUGUAGCUGCAUAAUGUUUGAUAGAGUCAGUAAGUUUAAUUCACAAAUGUCAUCCCCCCAUCUCUCUCUCUCUCUCUCUCUCUCUCUCUCUCUCUCUCUCUCUCUCUCUUACCAUAUUCACUAAGCAUAACCAUGUGAUAGAAUAAGAAUAGAAGUUGACAAACAUACCAUAAUGUUUUCACUAUAAAAAAAGAAAAGGAAAAAAGUGCAUAAAUAUACUAUAAUCGUUCUUCCUUUAGGAAAUAAAACCAAAUUCAGCGAGUCCUUCUAUAUCUUCCUUUCCCUUAUCACCACCAUCGUCAUCACCGCCAUUGCCAUUGUCACUGUAGGCUCAACCACCACCACCGCCACUACCAUCACCACCACCACCAAUUCCGCCACCGCCGUCGCCGCUGCCGCCAUUUGCUUAACAUUUUUCUCUCUUCUUCCCAGUGUGAGUGUAAAUAAUACUGUAAAUAUUUCGUGUUAUCUUCUUUUCCGAUAACAAUAAAGAAUAAAAUGAUGUUGCUGA